AAGCCGUUGUGACGAUUUCUUUCUUCCUACACUUCCAUCACCCACUCUAGCCAACGAGGCUGCACAUUCCCUGCUUUACCAAGCAUCCAAACUGCUAUACACACUUUCUCUCAGGUCCCUGGUGGCUUUGAACACUUUUUGAAAAUCAAAUCUCUUGAGACAUACUUCCAAUACAGUCCUUUCUUGGAAUAUCUCUUACAAGUCAACAAGUACUUGCUAUCUGACUAUCUCUCACGAUCUGUCGAUCAACCUACAACACUUUGCACAACAACAACCAACAAUAUCAACAACAGCAAAAAUGCAGUUCAAGACUCUUGCUAUCCUUGCCCUGGCCUCCGCCGUGAGCGCUGACAACACGGUCACCAUCCAGUCCAUGGACGGCACCGACCGCACCCUGGUGUGGACUGGCUCCUCGACCAUCGCUGACACCAGCGUCCCUGCUGGCGAGUCUGUGGAUGUCACCGUCCCCGAUGGCUGGAUCGGCAACUUCUACUCGUACUCGGCUGGCGCGACCAACACGCCCGGCAUGCUGGCUGAGUUUGCCUUCAACAGCUAUGGGGGCUCCACCUACUUCGACGUGUCUGCCAUUGUCAACCCCGACGACACCGAGGGCGUCUACCAGAUCUACCCGGCCGACACCGAGUCUCCCGUCUCUGGCUGCCAGACCUUUGCCUGCGACAACGCCUACUACCUGCCUGAUGACGUCCAGACCCGGGCCAGCACCAGCACCUCCUACGUCGUCACUCUCGGCGCCGGCCCCUUGGCUGUCUCCAAGGUCAAGGCUCGUGAUGGUGAGGACCAGAUGUUCCCCCGCGAGGCCGUCAUCGACCCCAACUUCAAGCCCGCCGUCAAGAAGGGUCGGUUCACCUCUGCCCUCCGCUGGGCCAACCGCAUGUAAAUUGGUCUCAGUCCAACCCAAUUCCUCCUACUACCACGAGAAAAGGAAGUAGCGCACGCUGGAGUUGCAGCUCUUCCUUCUCGACGAAGCCACGAUUUCUCAUUCUACGCACAACAACGCCAAAACACUUUUUUUUGAGAUACCCCCCUUGGGUGCCCAACUCGCUUCCUACAGCGAAGGGUUGGGAGAGUGGAGUUACUUUUUUGGGAUAUAGACAUGUGUGUCUAUAUAUGUGGUGUGGUGUGUGAUUUGGGCUUGUUCAAAGACAACAACAACAACAACAACAACAACAGACCAUGCACACUCUUACGCACACACAUAUAUACACAAAAACACGACAGGAAAAGCGUGACGGGAUAACGAUUUACAUGUGAGGGAUGCUCUGUGUCCUCAACCCCAUAGACAUAUCACGGGACUGGAACCAACCAGCCCGGCAAUCACUUUUUGUGCUUCUUGCAACAUCCCCCUACUUUUCUCUACACUCAUUCAAAAAAUGUCUUUUUUUUCUUCUAAAUAGCCUUCAAUUCUUGUACAAAGACCUCAGGGUUUAUGCCAAAUGGCCUCCAAAGAAAUUUAUUAUUUUCCUGGCCAA